GGGAAACCGCUGCUGCCCGAGGCGACCAGAGGCCGCACGAUGCCGAGCGCGGAGGAGCGGGCCGCGCUGGCUGAGGAGAACGCAGAAGACGAAGCCGGCGCCGACCCGCGCCUGCGACUUCUGGGGGCCUACGUGGUCCAGAGCCUACGGCCGGCUGCGGGCGCCUGGGAGCGCUGCGCGGGCACCGCCGAGGCGGAGAGGUUGCUGCACGCCUUCCUGGGCCGCGAUGCUGCGGAGGGUCCGCAGCCGCUGCUGGUGGUGCGGCCCGGGCCCGGGGGCCUGGCGCUGCGACCCGGGCUGGACGCGGGACCCGACUCUGGCACGCCUCGCGCUAAGGGGCUUUUUUUCCUGCGCACCAGGCCCGAGCCGCCCGGGCCCCACAGCCUCCGCGGCUCGGUGCUCUGCGGGGACGUGCCCGCAGCCCCUCUGGAGCACCUGUCCGCGCUGUUCUCAGAGGUUGUUAUCCCUGUCUUGGCCAAUGAACAGAAUCACCUAGACUGGCCCCACGUGGUAUGUCAAGAUGUCCGGCGGCAUGCCCACAGCCUCCAGUGUGACCUCCUGGUCAUCCUUGAGCAAGUGAAGGGGAAAACUUUGCUGCCUCUUCCAGCAGGCUCAGAAAAAAUAGAGUUUGUGGGUUCUGAAAGUGAGACCGUCUUGGAUUCCACAGAUAAGUCAGUCAUCUAUGCAAUCGAGUCGGCAGUGAUCCAGUGGAGCCACCAAGUCCAGGUGGUACUCAGGAGAGAGUCUUCCCAGCCACUCCUGCAAGGGGAGAAUCCCACCCCGAAGGUGGAGCUGGAGUUCUGGAAGAACAGGUCUGAGGAUCUGGAAUACAUUUACAAUCAACUGAGAACGAUAAAAGUGAGGGGCAUGGCUGGGCUCCUGGACAAGCUUCGGAGCAGCUACUUCCCAGCUUUUCAAGCCAUGUUCAGAGAUGUCGUUGCAGCUCUGGCAGAGGCGCAGGACAUCCACAUGCACCUGAGGCCACUCCACCACCACCUGGAAGCCCUCGAGAGCAUGGAGUUUCCCGAGGUGAAGCCACGGCUUCAGCCUCUGCUCCACGUGGUCUGUCUCAUUUGGGCCACGUGCGAGUCCUACCACUCCCCAGGGCGGCUCAUGGUGCUGCUCCAGCAGACCUGCAACCUUCUCAUCCAGCAGGCCUCUAAUUAUCUCAGCCCAGAAGACCUCUUGAGAAGUGAGGUGGAAGAAAGUCAGAGGAAACUGCAGGUCGUCGUGGACACCUUGAACUUCUUCAAGCAGGUGUUUCAGGACCGAAGGGGGAAUCUCCAUACUUACUUUAAAAAGAACCAGGAAGUGAGGGAGUGGGAUUUCCCGUCUGCUUUGGUUUUUGUGCAUGUGGACGGCUUCCUGGGACGACUACUCAUGGUGCAGGAUCUUCUGAACACAACCUUGGACUUCCACAAACUGGGAAAGCUUGAAUUUAGUGGCUUCAGAGGGAAAGCCCUGAGUCAGCAGAUUCAGCAAAUGUAUGAGGAAUUUCAAGAGAUGUACAGGGUCUUCUCAGAAUCUUCUUAUGACUGCUUGGACCCCCAAAGCACGGAAUUUGAAAAUGAUGUGUCUGAAUUUAACCAGAGAGUAAAAGAUCUCGACCGAAGACUGGGGACUAUCUUUAUUCAGGCCUUCGAUGACGCGCCCAGUUUGGAGCAUGCCUUUAAGCUCAUAGAUAUAGCAGGAAAGCUCCUUGAAAGACCACCAGUAGCACAGGAUGUAGCUGAUAAAUACUUGGUGCUCAUCCAAAUGUUCAACAAAGACCUGGAUGCAGUGAGAAUAAUCUACAGUCAGCAUGUCCAGGAGGAGGCAGAAUUUGGGUUCUCCUCAGUGCACAAGAACAUGCCCACUGUUGCCGGGGGUCUCCGCUGGGUGCAGGAACUGAGACAACGCAUCCAGGGACCCUUCACCAACUUUGGAUGCAUCACACAUCCUUGCAUGGAAUCAGCUGAAGGAAAGUGCACGAUACAAAAAUAUGAAGCCAUGCUCUCCUUGCUGGAAAAAUAUGAGACAAGUCUUUAUGAUGACUGGUGUCAGACGGUAUCAGAGAAGUCACAGUACAAUCUUUCCCAGCCACUUCUGCAACGUGACCCAGAGACGAAGCAGAUCACUGUCAACUUUAACCCACAGCUCAUUUCAGUGCUGAAAGAAAUGAGUUAUCUCGAACCCAGGCAGAUGAAGCACAUCCCCGAGAUGGCAGCAGCCAUGUUCUCUUCCAGGGAAUUCUAUCGGCAGCUUGUGGCUAACUUGGAGCUAAUGGCCAAUUGGUACAACAAGGUUUUGAAAAGUCUGCAAGAGGUAGAAUUUCCAUUAGUGGAGAAAGAGCUGCAAAAUAUUGAUCUUUGCCUGAAAGCUGCAGAGGAGACUCUCAACUGGCAAAUGGAAGGUAUUUGGGAUUAUGUCAGUCAAAUCACCAAUAGUAUUCAUGAUCUUGAACAGAGAAUUCAGAAAACUAAAGACAAUGUGGAAGAGAUUCAAAACAUCAUGAAAACAUGGGUGUCUCCAAUAUUUAAGAGAAAAGAUGGAAAAAAGGAAUGCCUUCUUUCCAUGGAUGAUCAGCAUGAUUGAGUGCAAAAAUCUUAUAGUCUCAUCAAAGAAUCUGGCCUUAAGAUUCACGCCCUUAUUCAGAAAAACCUAGGUCUGUUUUCAGCAGACCCAGCCUCUAAUAUCUGGAAGACUUACGUUAAAUACAUCGAUGACAUGUUGCUGGAUGGAUUCUUUCUAGCCAUUGAGUGCUCCCUCAAGUACCUCCUGGAAAAUACUGAAUGUCGAGUAGGACUCACCCCAAUAUUUGAAGCACAGCUGAGCUUAGCAAUCCCAGAAUUAGUUUUCCAUCCAUCCCUGGAGUCUGGAGUGAAGGGUGGCUUCCACGACAUUGUUGAGGGUCUUGUCGCCAGCAUUUUUGGAAUAUCAUCCUUGGUGCCACGGCUUUCCCCACAAAACGGCUCUCCCCACUAUCAGGUUGACGUGGAGGGCAUGGCCCGUUUGGCCAGCAUGAGGAGCACCCUCAUGGAGAGGGUUCAGAGCAUGAUGGCCCUCUGCUGCAGCUAUCGGAACACCUUCAGCCAGUAUUCCUACCUCUACGUGGAGGACCGGAAGGAGGUCCUGAGUCAGUUCCUGUUGUAUGGGCGUGUCCUCACACCCGAGGAAAUUGAAGCCCAUGCAGAAGAUGGCAUCCCAGAGAACCCUCCCCUCCUCCAUCAAUUUAAAGCACAGAUCGACUCCUAUGAAAAGCUCUAUGAAGACGUGUGCAGGCUGGAGCCCAUCAGGGUGUUUGAGAGCUGGAUGAAAAUUGAUGUGCGACCCUUUAAAGCAUCUCUACUGAAUGUUAUUAAGAAGUGGAGCCUCAUGUUCAAGCAGCAUCUUGUUGACUCUGUCACCGACAGCUUGGCCGACCUUGAAGUGUUCAUAAAAAGUAGUGAGAGUGGCUUGCUCAAGGAAGUGGAAAAAGGCAAUUGUAAAGGAUUGGUUGAGAUUAUGGGACACCUUAUGGCUCUUAUAGAACGGCAGGGCAGCACUGAUGAGAUGUUUGCACCCUUAAAGCAAACUAUUGAAUUGCUGAAGACCUAUGGACAAGAAUUGCCAAAAACGGUGUUUAAGCAGCUGGAGGAGCUGCCUGAGAAAUGGAACAACAUAAAAAAGAUGGCCAUUACUGUGAGGCAGCAGGUGGCCCCACUGCAAGCAAAUGAAAUGAGCGUCCUCCGCCAGCGGUGCACAGCCUUUGAUGCUGAACAGCAGUGGUUCUGCGAGCGAUUCCACCAAGAAGCUCCCUUCAGAUUUGACAGCAUUGACCCUUAUCAAAUGCUGGAUGCCUGGCACACUAAGAUCCAGCAGAUGGAAUCGACCAUGGCCUCCACUGCCGAGUCUGCCAGCCUGUUUGAGGUUAGCAUUCCAGACUACAAGCAGCUAAAGCAGUGCAGGAAGGAGGUCUGCCAGCUGAAGGAGCUCUGGGACACCGCUGGGGUGGUGACCUCCAGCAUCCAUGCCUGGGAGACCACCAUGUGGAGGGAUAUCAACGUGGAGGCCAUGGACGUGGAGUGCAAGCGGUUUGCCAGGCACAUCCGGAACCUUGACAAGGAAGUCAGGGCCUGGGAUGCCUUCACGGGCCUGGAAAGCACUGUGCUGAACACUCUGACCUCACUGAGGGCUGUGGCUGAGCUCCAGAAUCCGGCCAUCCAGUGGCGGCACUGGGGGCAGCUGAUGCAGGCCACGGGUGUGAGCUUCACCGUGGGUGAGGGCACGACACUGGCACAGCUCCUGCAGCUCCAGCUGCACCGCUUUGAGGACGAGGUCCGGGGCAUUGUGGACAAAGCAGUGAAGGAGAUGGGGAUGGAGAAGACCUUGAAGGAGCUGCAGGCCACCUGGGCCAGCAUGGAAUUCCAGUAUGAGCCCCACCUGUGGACCAACAUCCCCCUGCUGCGGUCGGACGAAGGCCUCAUUGAGGGCCUGGAGGAUAACCAAGUGCAGCUUCAGAACCUGAUGACGUCCAAGUAUGUUGCUUUCUUCCUAGAAGAAGUGUCGGGCUGGCAGAGGAAGCUGUCCACAGCCGAUGCUGUCAUCGCCAUCUGGUUUGAUGUACAGCGCACGUGGUCUCAUCUGGAGAGUAUAUUCAUUGGAUCUGAAGAUAUCCGGGCUCAGCUGCCCCAGGAUUCUAAAAGAUUUGAAGGGAUUGACGCUGACUUUAAGGAGCUAGCUUAUGAUGCUCAGAAAACUCCGAAUGUAGUGGAAGCCACCGCCAAAGCAGGUCUUUAUGAAAAACUAGAAGAUAUUCAGAGCAGAUUGUACCUGUGUGAGAAAGCCCUGGCAGAGUACCUGGAUACCAAAAGGCUUGCCUUCCCUAGGUUUUACUUUCUCUCUUCUUCUGAUUUGUUAGACAUCCUUUCCAACGGCACAGCUCCACAACAGGUUCAACGCCACCUUUCCAAACUCUUUGACAAUAUGGCCAAGAUGCAGUUCCAGCUAGAUGCCAGUGAGAGACCAACCAAGAUAAGUAUUGGCAUGUACAGCAAGGAAGAAGAGUACGUGGCCUUCAGUGAGCCUUGUGACUGUAGUGGUCAGGUGGAAAUAUGGUUGAACCACGUGCUUUCUCAUAUGAAGACCACCGUAAGGCACGAGAUGACAGAAGGUGUAACUGCCUAUGAAGAAAAGCCGAGGGAGCAGUGGCUCUUUGACUACCCAGCUCAGGUAGCCCUGACCUGCACUCAGAUCUGGUGGACCACAGAGGUGGGCAUUGCAUUUACCAGGCUGGAGGAAGGCUAUGAGAACGCCAUGAAGGACUAUUACAAGAAGCAAGUGGCCCAGCUCAAAACCCUCAUCACCAUGCUGAUUGGCCAGCUCUCCAAGGGGGACCGGCAGAAUAUCAUGACUAUAUGCACCAUUGAUGUGCAUUCCCGGGAUGUGGUGGCCAAGAUGAUUGCUCAGAAGGUGGAUAAUGCCCAGGCCUUCCUCUGGCUGUCCCAGCUGCGGCACCGUUGGGAUGAUGAGGCCAAGCACUGCUUCGCUAACAUCUGUGAUGCCCUGUUUCAAUAUUCCUAUGAGUACUUGGGAAAUACACCUCGCCUGGUGAUAACACCAUUGACAGACAGAUGCUACAUCACCCUCACACAGUCUCUGCACCUGACCAUGAGUGGAGCUCCAUCAGGACCUGCAGGAACAGGCAAGACAGAGACCACCAAGGACCUGGGUCGAGCACUGGGCAUCAUGGUCUACGUGUUUAACUGCUCAGAGCAGAUGGACUACAAGUCUUGUGGCAACAUCUACAAGGGCCUGGCUCAGACAGGUGCCUGGGGCUGUUUUGAUGAGUUCAAUCGAAUCUCCGUGGAAGUCUUAUCAGUGGUGGCCGUGCAGGUGAAAAGCAUUCAAGAUGCAAUUCGAGAUAAGAAGCAGCGGUUUGGCUUCCUUGGGGAGGAGAUUAGCCUGAACCCCUCUGUGGGUAUCUUCAUCACCAUGAACCCUGGCUAUGCUGGCCGCACAGAGCUGCCGGAGAACCUCAAGGCCCUCUUCAGGCCUUGUGCGAUGGUUGUUCCUGACUUUGAGUUGAUCUGUGAGAUCAUGCUGGUGGCAGAAGGAUUCAUUGAAGCCCGGUUAUUAGCCAGAAAAUUCAUCACUCUCUACCAGUUGUGCAAAGAGCUUCUCUCCAAACAGGAUCACUACGACUGGGGCCUGCGGGCCAUCAAGUCUGUGCUGGUGGUGGCAGGAUCUCUGAAGCGAGGGGACCCUGACCGGCCCGAGGACCAAGUCCUGAUGCGCUCCUUGCGAGACUUCAACAUCCCCAAGAUCGUGACUGAUGACAUGCCAGUGUUCAUGGGCCUGAUUGGGGACCUCUUUCCUGCCCUGGAUGUCCCUCGGAGGAGAGACCUCAACUUUGAAGGUUUGGUUAGGAAGGCGGUGGUGGAUCUGAAGCUCCAGGCUGAAGACAACUUUGUGCUCAAGGUGGUCCAGCUGGAGGAGCUCCUGGAAGUGCGGCACUCAGUGUUCGUGGUGGGCAGUGCUGGUGCUGGCAAGUCCCAGGUGCUGAGGUCCUUGCACAAGACCUAUCAGAUCAUGAAACGCCGCCCCGUCUGGACUGACCUCAACCCCAAAGCCAUCACAAACGAUGAGCUCUUUGGCAUCAUCAAUCCAGCCACACGAGAAUGGAAGGAUGGAUUGUUUUCUUCCAUCAUGCGGGAGCUUGCCAACAUCACCCAUGAUGGGCCCAAGUGGAUCUUACUGGAUGGCGACAUAGAUCCAAUGUGGAUAGAGUCUCUCAACACUGUCAUGGAUGACAACAAGGUGCUGACCCUGGCCAGCAAUGAGAGGAUCCCUCUGAAUCCCACGAUGCGGCUCCUGUUUGAGAUCAGCCACCUGCGCACGGCUACCCCAGCCACCGUCUCCAGAGCAGGGAUCCUGUACAUCAACCCAGCAGACCUGGGGUGGAACCCUGCAGUGAGCAGCUGGAUCGACAAGAGGGAAAUCCAGACAGAGUGAGCCAACCUAACCAUUCUAUUUGACAAGUAUCUUCCAACCUGCUUAGACACACUCAGAACCAGAUUUAAGAAGAUAAUUCCUAUCCCAGAGCAGAGUACGGUGCAGAUGCUCUGCCACCUUCUUGAGUGUCUCCUGACCAAGGAGGACAUCCCUGCAGACUGCCCCAAGGAAACCUAUGAGCUGUAUUUUGUGUUUGCUGCCAUCUGGGCAUUUGGUGGACCGAUGGUCCAAGAUCAGCUUGUGGACUACCGGGCAGAAUUCAGCAAAUGGUGGCUGACAGAGUUCAAGACAGUCAAGUUUCCUUCCCAGGGAACCAUCUUUGACUACUACAUAGACUCAGAAACCAAGAAAUUUGAGCCUUGGUCCAAGCUCAUCCCCCAGUUUGAAUUUGAUCCCGAGAUGCCUUUGCAGGCUUGUUUGGUGCACACGAGCGAGACCAUCCGAGUGUGCUACUUCCUGGAGCGGCUUAUGGAGCGGCGGCGGCCAGUCAUGCUGCUGGGGACCGCGGGCACCGGCAAGUCAGUGCUGGUGGGAGCCAAGCUGGCCAGCCUCGAUGGCGAGCAGUACCAGGUGAAAAACGUGCCCUUCAACUACUACACCACAUCAGCAAUGCUGCAAGCUGUCCUGGAGAAGCCUCUAGAAAAGAAGGCUGGCAGAAAUUAUGGCCCCGCAGGCAACAAGAAGCUUAUCUAUUUCAUCGAUGACAUGAACAUGCCCGAGGUGGAUGCCUACGGGACUGUGCAGCCACACACGGUCAUCAGGCAGCAUCUGGACUAUGGCCACUGGUAUGACCGGAACAAGCUGUGCCUAAAGGAGAUCAUGAAUGUACAGUAUGUUUCCUGCAUGAACCCCACUACAGGCAGCUUCACCAUCAACCCACGGCUUCAGCGCCAUUUCAGUGUGUUUGUCCUCUCCUUCCCGGGAGCAGACGCCCUGUCCUCCAUCUACAGCACCAUCCUGAGUCAGCACCUAAAGCUUGGAAACUUCCCAGCAUCCCUGCAGAGGUCCAUUCCCCCGCUGAUCGACCUCGCCCUUAACUUCCACCAGAAGAUUGCCACCACGUUCCUCCCCACAGCCAUCAAAUUCCACUACAUCUUCAAUCUCAGAGACUUUGCCAACAUUUUCCAGGGCAUUCUCUUUUCCUCAGUGGAAUGUGUAAAAUCCACACAGGACCUAGUAAAGCUCUAUGUGCAUGAAUCAAAUCGAGUUUAUCGGGAUAAGAUGGUGGAAGAGAAGGACUUUAAUCUUUUUGAUAAAAUCCAGACAGAAGUGGUCAAGAAAAUUUUUUAUGGUAUGGAAGGGACUGUGGAGCAGACACAAAGCCGGGACGUGUAUUGUCAUUUUGCAAAUGGCACUGGCGAGCCCAAGUACCUGCCGGUACAGUCGUGGGAACUUUUGACUCAGACUUUGGUGGAAGCCCUGGAGAACCACAAUGAAGUCCACGCAGUGAUGGACCUGGUGCUCUUUGAGGAUGCCGUGCGCCACGUAUAAGUCUGCCAUAUCAAUCGUAUCCUGGAGUCCCCCCGGGGAAAUGCUCUCCUGGUUGGUGUAGGCGGGAGCGGCAAGCAGAGUCUGACAAGGCUUGCGGCCUUCAUCAGCUCCAUGGAUGUAUUCCAGAUCACGCUGCGGAAGGGCUACCAGAUCCCAGACUUCAAGGUGGACCUGGCCAGCUUGUGCCUGAAAGCCGGGGUAAAGAAUAUCAGCACAGUGUUCCUCAUGACUGAUGCCCAAGUGGCUGAUGAGAAGUUCCUUGUGCUCAUCAAUGAUCUCUUGGCAUCUGGAGAGAUCCCAGAUCUCUACUCUGAUGAUGAAGUCGAGAACAUCAUAAACCAUGUGGGGAAUGAAGUCAAGAGCCAAGGUCUGAUUGACAGCAGAGAGAACUGCUGGAAGUUCUUUAUUGGUCAGGUCCGACGACAGCUGAAGGUGACUCUCUGUUUCUCCCCUGUGGGGAACAAGCUGAGGGUCCGCAGCAGGAAGUUCCCAGCCAUUGUGAACUGCACAGCCAUCGACUGGUUCCAUGAGUGGCCUCAGCAGGCACUGGAGUCUGUCAGCCUCCGCUUCUUGCAGAGCACAGAGAGCAUUGAGCCUAAGGUCAAGCAGUCAAUCAGCAAGUUCAUGGCUUUUGUCCACACAAGUGUCAACCAAAUGUCCCAGUCUUACCUGAGCAACGAGCAGCGCUACAACUACACUACUCCCAAAUCAUUUCUGGAGUUCAUCAGACUCUACCAGAGCUUGCUGCACAGCAAAGGGAAAGAGCUCAAGUCCAAGAUGGAGCGGCUGGAGAAUGGGCUGCUGAAGCUCCACAGCACGUCUGCCCAGGUGGAUGAUCUGAAAGCCAAGCUGGCCACCCAGGAAGUAGAGCUAAAGCAGAAGAAUGAAGAUGCAGACAGGCUGAUUCAGGUGAUGGGCGUUGAGACUGGCAAGGUGAGCAAAGAGAAAGCCAUCGCGGACGAGGAGGAGCGGAAGGUGGCCCUCAUCAUGCUGGAGGUGCAACAGAAGCAGAAAGGCUGUGAGGAAGACCUGGCCAAAGCAGAGCCAGUGCUCACAGCAGCCCAGGCAGCCCUCAACACCCUCAACAAGACCAACCUGACAGAGCUGAAGUCAUUCGGUUCCCCGCCCCUGAUCGUCAGCAACGUCAGCGCUGCGGUCAUGGUCCUCAUGGCCCCCGGGGGCAGGGUGCCCAAGGACCGGAGCUGGAAGGCCGCGAAGGUCACCAUGGCCAAAGUGGAUGCUUUCCUGGACUCACUGAUCAACUUCGACAAGGAGAACAUUCACGAGAACUGCCUCAAGGCCAUCAGGCCCUAUCUGCAGGACCCCGAGUUCAAUCCCGAGUUCGUGGCCACCAAGUCAUACGCCGCUGCCGGCCUCUGCUCUUGGGUCAUAAACAUUGUGAGGUUCUACGAGGUGUUCUGUGAUGUGGAACCCAAGCGCCAAGCAUUGAGCAAAGCCACCUCAGACCUUACUGCUGCCCAGGAGAAGCUGGCAGCCAUCAAAGCCAAGAUCGCUCACCUUAAUGAAAACCUGGCCAAACUCACAGCCAAAUUUGAGAAAGCAACAGCAGACAAACUCAAAUGCCAGCAGGAAGCUGAAGCGACCGCAGGCACCAUCUCCCUUGCAAAUCGCCUGGUAGGAGGACUCGCUUCGGAAAACGUGAGGUGGGCAGAAGCUGUGCAGAACUUCAAACAACAGGAAAGGAAAUUAUGUGGAGACAUUUUACUUAUUACGGCUUUCAUUUCGUACCUUGGCUUCUUUACAAAGAAAUACCGGCAGAGCCUCCUGGACGGGAGCUGGAGACCCUACCUGAGCCAGCUGAACGUACCCAUCCCAGUCACGCCCAGCCUGGAUCCCCUGAGGAUGCUGACGGAUGAUGCUGACAUGGCCGCCUGGCAGAACGAGGGCCUCCCUGCAGACCGCAUGUCCAUGGAGAAUGCCACCCUCCUCGUCAACUGUGAGCGCUGGCCGCUCAUGGUUGACCCUCAGCUACAAGGCAUCAAAUGGAUCAAGAACAAAUACGGCGAAGACCUGCGGGUCACCCAGAUAUGUCAGAAGGGCUACCUUCAAACUAUAGAGCGUGCCCUGGAAGCUGGAGAUGUGGUGCUAAUUGAAAACGUAGAAGAGUCCAUUGAUCCUGUUCUGGGACCCCUGCUUGGCAGAGAAGUCAUUAAAAAAGGACGAUUCAUUAAAAUCGGAGACAAAGAGUGUGAAUACAAUCCCAAAUUCCGGCUAAUCCUUCACACCAAGCUGGCCAAUCCUCACUACCAGCCGGAACUGCAAGCUCAAGCCACUCUGAUCAACUUCACCGUGACCAGGGACGGCCUGGAGGACCAGCUGCUGGCCGCUGUGGUCAGCAUGGAGAGGCCAGACCUGGAGCAGCUAAAGUCAGAUCUCACGAAGCAACAGAAUGGGUUCAAAAUCACCCUCAAAACGUUAGAAGACAACCUGCUGUCCCGCCUCUCCUCAGCAUCUGGGAACUUCCUGGGAGAAACAGCCUUAGUAGAGAACCUGGAGGUCACCAAGCAGACAGCUGCAGAAGUGGAAGCAAAGGUCCAGGAGGCCAAGGUGACCGAGGUGAAAAUCAAUGAGGCCCGAGAGCACUACCGGCCCGCAGCUGCCCGAGCCGCUGUGCUCUACUUCAUCAUGAGCGACCUCAGCAAGAUCCACCCAAUGUACCGGUUUUCUCUCAAGGCCUUCAGCAUCGUCUUCCAGAAGGCUGUGGAGAAGGCGGCUCCCAGUGAGAGCCUCCAGGAGCGGGUGGCCAACCUCACAGACAGCGUCACCUUCUCUGUGUACCGGUACACCACCCGCGGGCUCUUUGAGUGUGAUAAGCUGACCUACCUUGCCCAGCUCACCUUUCAGAUCCUCCUCUUGAACCAGGAGGUUCUUCCGGCUGAGCUGGAUUUCCUGCUUCGAUCUCCCGUGCAGACAGGUGACACCAGCCCAGUGGAGUUCCUCUCCCAUCAGGCCUGGGGUGGCAUCAAGGCACUUUCAUCAAUGGAAGAAUUCUGUAAUCUGGAUCGGGACAUUGAGGGGUCUGCCAAGAGCUGGAAAAAGUUUGUGGAAUCAGAAUGUCCUGAGAAGGAGAAGUUCCCACAGGAGUGGAAGAACAAGACAGCCCUGCAGCACCUCUGCAUGAUGAGGGCCAUGCGGCCGGACCGGAUGACCUACGCCAUGCGAGACUUCGUUGAGGAGAAGUUAGGAAGCAAAUACGUGGUGGGAAGAGCCCUUGACUUUGCAGCCUCAUUUGAGGAAUCAGGACCAGCCACUCCCAUGUUUUUUAUCCUGUCUCCAGGGGUAGACCCACUGAAAGAUGUGGAAAAUCGAGGUAGAAAACUCGGAUACACCUUCAACAACCGGAACUUCCACAACGUGUCUCUGGGGCAAGGACAGGAGGCAGUGGCUGAGGCUGCCCUGGACCUGGCCGCCAGGAAGGGUCACUGGGUUAUUUUGCAGAACAUCCACCUGGUGGCCAAGUGGCUCAGCACCCUGGAGAAGAAGCUAGAGGAGUACAGCGAGAACAGCCACCCAGAGUUCAGGGUCUUCAUCAGCGCGGAGCCUGCGCCCUCCCCUGAGGGUCACAUCAUCCCCCAGGGCAUCCUGGAGAACUCCAUUAAAAUCACCAAUGAGCCUCCCACGGGCAUGCAUGCCAACCUGCACAAGGCCCUGGACAACUUCACCCAGGACACCCUGGAGAUGUGCUCCCGGGAGACGGAGUUUAAGAGCAUCCUCUUUGCUCUCUGUUACUUUCAUGGGGUGGUGGCCGAAAGACGAAAGUUUGGGCCCCAGGGAUGGAAUCGCUCCUACCCCUUCAACACCGGGGACCUCACCAUCUCUGUGAAUGUGCUCUACAACUUCCUGGAGACCAACGCAAAGGUCCCCUAUGAUGACUUGCGCUACCUCUUUGGAGAGAUCAUGUAUGGAGGCCAUAUCACAGAUGACUGGGACAGGAGACUCUGCAGGAACUAUCUGGAGGAAUUCAUCAAACCAGAAAUGCUAGAAGGAGAGCUGUGUCUGGCCCCAGGGUUCCUAGUCCCAGGAAACAUGGACUACAAUGGCUACCAUCAGUACAUCGAUGCUGAGCUGCCCGCAGAGUCGCCCUACCUCUAUGGCCUCCACCCCAAUGCAGAGAUCGGCUUCCUGACCCAGACCUCGGAAAAGCUCUUUCGCACGGUCCUGGAGCUGCAGCCCCGGGACAGCCAAGGUGGAGAGGGGGCAGGAGCCACAAGAGAAGAAAAGGUCAAGGUCCUCCUGGAAGAAAUACUGGAGCGGGUGACAGAUGAAUUUAACAUCCCAGAGCUGAUGGCCAAAGUGGAGGAGCGCACCCCGUACAUAGUAGUUGCCUUCCAGGAGUGUGAACGAAUGAACAUCCUCACCAGAGAGAUCCAGUGCUCACUGAGGGAGCUGGACCUUGGCUUAAAGGGGGAGCUGACUAUGACUGGUGACAUGGAGAACUUACAGAACGCCCUGUACCUAGACACAGUGCCAGAGCCCUGGGCCAGGCGAGCCUACCCUUCCACAGCAGGCCUGACAGCCUGGUUUUUGGACCUCCUCAACUGAAUCAAGGAAUUGGAGGCUUGUAUAGGAGACUUUGCAAUGCCCUCCACUGUGUGGCUGACAGGCUUCUUUAACCCCCAGUCCUUCCUGACCACCAUCAUGCAGUCCAUGGUCCGCAAGAAUGAGUGGCCACUAGACCAGAUGGCCCUGCAAUGUGAUGUGACAAAGAAGAAUAGAGAGGAAGUCAGGAGCCCUCCUCGGGAAGGGGCUUACAUCCAUGGCCUCUUCAUGGAAGGUGCUCACUGGGAUACACAGGCUGGGAUCAUUACAGAGGUCAAGCUGAAGGAUCUGAUGCCGCCCAUGCCUGUGAUGUUCAUCAAGGCCAUUCCUGCAGAUAAGCAGGAUUGCCGCAGUGUCUACCCUUGUCCGGUGUACAAGACCUGUCAGCGGGGACCCACCUACGUGUGGACUUUCAACCUGAAGAUGAAGGAGAACCCAUCUAAGUGGGUUCUAGCUGGAGUAGCUUUGCUUCUCCAGAUUUAGCUUCCUGCAGAAAAAGAGUAAACAAGGCUGGGCUAGAGGCUGCCCAGGGGGGCAAGUGGGUGAGGGGUACCACAGACACACAGAGAGGUAAAAGAAAUCUUAAGUACUCACAAUUCUGUAGAAUUGUUUUAAGGAACUAGGCAAGAAAUGUCUAAAGUGAGGCUGAGCUGGAGGAGUGUGGGCCCCAAAACCGGGGAACUUUUCAUAACACUUUCCUAAUAAAGUGAUUUAUUCUUCAACUGUCUGGAGGCUUUCAGAGUGCAGUCGUGAUCCUAGAGACCAGAGAAAUGCACCAAAUUGCCUGAGCCCUGGCGCUAUUACACAGCCCUGUGCUCAGCGCUCUAACCCCCAGCUCCUCUGUGAACCUAAAGCAUUGGCAUCACUCACUGAAAAACCCCAUGUGUGCUUUUUAACAAGCUUCCCAGAUGAUUUGGGUGCACAUUAUGGUUUGAGAAACUUUACUCUGGAUCAGGGGUCACCAAACUCUGUAAUGGGCCAGACAGAAAACAUUUGACUUCUCAGGGCAUUUGUUUCUGUUGCAACAUCUCAAUUCUGCCCCUAAGGCCCAAAAGCAGCCAGUGACAAUACAUAAAUGGGUGUGGCUAUGGUCCAUAAACUUUAUUUACUGAGCCAUAUUUUGCUGGUCACUGCUCUAGAGGAUAAGGGAAUGUGUAUGUGAUAUUUAUCCUUCAUUACCUCACACUUCCAUUCAAUAAAUUCAUAUCUAACACUAUUUGCUGAGAACAUACUUGUGAAUGAGGUAGGUUGUUCCCUUGGAUCACUAUCAUCCUUCAGAACCAU